GCUUUGCCUGGUCGCAGUGACCGCAACACCGGGAUGAGUUCUACAAUGUAAUUCUGAGCAUUCCCGGUUUUAUAAGCUUUCACUGCACUCGGCCUGGCAGCGCCGAAAACCCACUCAGAUGGAUAUCUCUUCGAGACCUCCGUGAAUCACUUGACCGUGAUCUCCCUUUUCCGACGGGGCAAAGCGAUUACACCAUGCCGAGCGAAGAUAUCUACCAGGCCGAGCCUCCGCACCAGCUUUCGGAGGAGGCUGUCCGGGAGCGACACCAGCGGCGACCGUCUCUUGCCGGCCGUCCGCGUACCGCAAAUGCCGACAUCGCUGAGAUUGACGAGACAUUGAGCCACCCCGGCUCCGUACGCAUAAACGUCAAGGGCGCCUUCAUCGUCGACCAGGAGACAUCAACACCCACAACCCCAGACGGCCGCAGCGGCUCACCUGGUCGUCACGAGACCAAAGAUAUCCGGCUGCCGAACCACACGGCCGUGAUUGGCGGCUCCCUUGCCAAGCUUGUCUACUUCUCGCGCGAGGCGCACACGACAGAGCCUGGGGGACGGCUCAACUUUAUCAGCUUCGAGACCGACCACAUCGAUGAAUGCCUUGAGUUUAUUCGCCGUCUCAAGGAUAAGCACCUGGAAUUGAACGGCGGCAAUGGCUCAUCAUCCGCGAAAGUGGCCAGCGAGCUCUGUGUGAUGGCGACAGGGGGAGGGGCAUACAAGUACUACGACAAGAUCCGCGACGUGCUUGGGGUCGAUGUGCUGAGGGAAGAUGAAAUGGAGUGCCUGAUUAUCGGUCUUGACUUCUUCAUCACCGAGAUUCCCCGCGAGGUCUUUACCUACUCCGAAACGAAUCCCAUGCACUUCGUCGAGGCGUCUGAGAACGUGUAUCCAUACCUACUCGUGAACAUCGGCUCUGGCGUGUCGUUCCUAAAAGUAUCUGGCCCGCGCAAGUACGAGCGUGUUGGUGGUACAUCGCUGGGAGGCGGCACUCUUUGGGGCCUGCUCAGUCUGCUCACCGGGGCGCGCACCUUCGACGAGAUGCUGGAACUGGCCUCGCAAGGCGACAACUCCAAGGUGGACAUGCUCGUCGGCGACAUCUACGGCACCGAUUACGGCAAGAUUGGGCUCAAGAGCACGACCAUCGCCAGCUCCUUCGGCAAGGUCUUUCGCAAGAAGAGGCAAGCCGAGCAAGAAGCAGAGGACAGCGGCGGCCGGCGCCACAAGGACCACGAGUGUAACCACAACGAAUCCCACGAUGGAGACCAAGAAUAUCCGCCACGGAAGGGCUCCUCACACGACGAAUCCCGGCCCUUUAGCGCCUCCGACGUCUCCGUCUCGCUGUUGUACGCAAUCUCCAACAAUAUUGGCCAGAUCGCCUUCCUGCAGUCGCAGAUCCACGGGCUGUCGCACAUUUACUUUGGCGGCUCCUUCAUCCGGGGCCACCCGCAGACCAUGAACACGCUCAGCUACGCCAUCAAGUUCUGGUCCAAGGGCGCCAAGCAGGCCUAUUUCCUGCGCCACGAGGGCUACCUCGGCGCCGUGGGCGCCUUCCUCAAAAGACAACCCAGGAACUGGGGGAGGAGGGGCAGCUUCGAGGACUUGGCGGUGCCCUUGGAGCUUAGGCUGAAGAGUGGCAGGGGCGGGAGGGCGGAGGAUGGGAUUGGUUCAGGCUCGGGCGCGUGA